CUGUUUUGCUCAGAGGAAAUGGGCGUUUUCUUUGGAAAGUUUGGAUGGAGUGAGUGGUAAAAGAAAAGGGGUGUGGCAAGCCCAGUAAGGAGACGGGACCACAUACAGGACACAAGAUCACAGUAGUUAGUGUAGUGAGGCUGCUUCUUGGGUCUGAUUUGAGAGCAAGAACAAUAAUCAAGCAGAAAAAAUGGCAUAUCUCCUCAUGUUUGUUACCCUGCUGCAUCUGGUCACCCUGGCCAUGCUGUUCAUCUCGACCAUGGAGAAGUCCUGGUGGGUGUGGGACGGGGUGGAGAACUCAGACCUAUGGUACAACUGUCGGUAUGACAACUUCUCAGGAACGUGGUUGUGCGCUUCCUCCAAAGAAAGUGAGUGGCUUCAUGCAGUUCAGGUGUUGAUGGUCCUCUCUGUGGUCUUCUCCUCUGUGUCCUUCCUGGUCUUCCUGGGUCAACUGUUCACCAUGUCCAAAGGCGGACUCUUCUACUUCACUGGGCUGUGUCAAGUUUUUGCAGGCCUGACCGCCUUGUCCGCAGCCCUCAUCUACACAUUGCACAACAAGGAAAUCCUCCAGGACACCAGAGAAGUGACUUCAGGACACUUCGGUUACUGCUUCAUCCUCGCCUGGGUGUGUGUGCCUCUCCUGCUGUGCAGUGGAGUCAUUUAUGUCCACUUGCGCAAAAAAGAGUGACAAUACACAGCUACACAACGGAAAAUAUCAAUAGCAAGUAGAAAGACAUCCACACAAGUUUUUCAGUCACAAAGUUGUAUUGUGUAUAUUUCAUGCUAUGGCCAAUAUAAGUUUAUUUUGCCAAAGUAAAAACCCAAUGAAAGUGUUAGAUGAAUGUCUGUCUUGUUAACUGAGGGUUAGACCCUCACUGUGAAUUGAUCAUAUACCAUGUUCUGCCUUUGCUAAAACUGUACCAAUGUGAAAUACUAUACAUUUUGUAGUGAGAACCCUUUAGAGAGAUGCAUGCAUAUAUAUAUAUAUUUUUGUAUCUGGAGAAUUUGUAUUGCAGUAGUAAAUGUCACAAAGAAAUACUGUGUUUGUGUCAUGUGUUCAGAAAAGGCUUCUUCCGCAUGACAUUCCCAUGUAGCAACCCCUUGUGCAAAGUGCACUGAAUAGUUGCAGGAUGCACCGUUUGCACCAAGAUCAUGUUGUAGGUCUUUGGAGCUGGUCUGUGGGUUGACUUUGACUUGGGUUUUUCUUGGCCUGCCACUCCGGGCCAUAACUAGAACUGUGCCUGUGGUCUUCCAUUUCCUCACUAUGUUCCUCAGAGUGGAACCUGACAGCUGAAAUCUCUGAGCUAGCUUUUGUAUCCUUUCCCUAUGCCAUGAUGUUGAACAAUCUUGCUUUUCAGGUCAUUUGACGGUUGUUUUGAGGCUACCAUGGUGCUACUCUUCAGAGAAGAUGCAGCUUGCAAUUGGCCACCUUAAAUACGCUUUCUCAUGAUUUACUUCACUUGUGUAUGCAGGUCAAGGGUCAAUGAGCUUGCCAAACAAAUUUUGUGUUUCAAUAAUUAGUGUCAUAGAUAUUAAAAUCAAUAAAACAACAAG